AUGCCGGUAGACUUGUCACUAUAUCUGGUGACGGACUCUACUCCGGCCAUCCUCAAAGGCCGGGAUUUGUGUACGGUAGUGGAACAAGCCAUCCAAGGGGGCGUAACGGUGGUGCAAUACCGGGACAAAUCCAAUGACACCAAUGCCCUCGUGGAAAAUGCGCGGAAACUUCACCAAAUUACCAAGAAGUACAAUGUUCCUCUACUAAUUAAUGACCGGGUCGAUGUGGCUCUCGCUAUUGGAGCCGAGGGUGUGCAUCUUGGGCAAGAUGAUAUGAAAUUCGAGCUAGCAAAGCAGCUCCUUCCUAAAGAUGCCAUCAUCGGCAUCAGUACUUCUACAAUAGCUGAGGCCAAAAAGGCCGUCGCCGAUGGCGCUGACUACAUCGGAAUUGGGACUAUGUUUGCGACACCCACUAAAACAAACACCAAGUCCGUCAUCGGGACAGCAGGCACUCAAAUCAUACUGGAUGCAAUUAGCGAUUCCUCCGUGGGCACCGUUUCCAUCGGCGGUAUCAACCACACCAACGUGCAGCGAGUGAUCUACCAGUCUAAAUCCCCCAAGAAAGCACUUGACGGCGUAGCAAUCGUCAGUGCAAUUGUGGCAGCCGAAGACCCCAAGGCAUCUGCAGAACACUUCGUCGAGCUAAUCACAAACGCUCCCCGAUUUGCCAUGCCUGCCAACUUCCCCCGCGCAAACGAGACAGAAGCCCUGCUGAACGAUGUGCCCAAAAUUGUCCGCAACGUGGUAAAAACACAUCCCCUCGUGCACAACAUGAUCAACUUCGUCGUGUCAAACUUCGUGGCCAACGUCGCUCUCUCCAUUGGCGCAUCGCCCAUAAUGUCACCAUACGGUGACGAAGCCACAGAUCUGUGCAAGUUUGAUGGCGCGCUAUUAAUCAACAUGGGUACCCUGACCAGCGACAGCGUCCCGAACUACCUAAAAGCUAUCAGCGCCUACAAUCAACGUGGCAAUCCCGUAAUCUACGACCCUGUGGGCGCGGCCGCGACACAAAUCCGCCGCAACGCAGUCACCCAGCUGAUGGCCGGUGGUUACUUCGAUUUGAUCAAGGGUAAUGAGGGCGAGAUCCGACAGGUGUGGGGCAGUGGUGCUGUUCAGCAGCGCGGGGUCGAUAGCGGACCGAGUGCGCUGGACGGGAAGCAGAAGGCAGCGUUGGCGCGGGAUUUGGCUCGUAGAGAGCGAAACGUCGUGCUCAUGACUGGAGCCACGGACUACCUCAGUGAUGGCGAGCGGGUCAUCGCUGUCGAAAACGGUCACCCACUUCUCGGCCAAGUCACCGGAACUGGUUGCGCUAUCGGUACGAUCUCCGGCUGUUUCCUUGCUGCCCACCGCUCAGACAGACUCCUCGCCGUGCUGUCUGGUAUUCUGAUGUACGAGAUCGCUGCGGAGAACGCUGCGUCGAAAGAUUAUGUCCGCGGACCUGGCAGCUUUGUACCUGCGUUCCUUGAUGAGUUGUAUGCCAUACGCACAGCCGCGAAACAGGGCGAUGACGGUUGGUUUGCUGGCCGGGCUAAGGUCAUCUGCGACAUCCAGGAAAAAUUCCGCGGGAUCCACGAAUUCCCUUCCCUCAUAACCACAGCAGACAAAAUGCUGCGCGCCGCACAAACCCUCAAAAUCCCCGUGUACAUAAGCACGCAGAGCCGCAGCAAGCUAGGCCCCACCGUCUCCGAGCUAUCGCAUCACCUCGAGAACACAGACCUACAGAUCCGCGCAAACAUCGACAAAACGCUAUUCUCGAUGGCGACGCCGGAACUACUAUCUGCGCUGCCUGCAGCAACGGACGUGAUCCUCGUCGGUAUCGAGACGCAUAUCUGCAUUACGCAGACGACGCUUGAUUUGCUUGCGCGCGGACAUAGGGUUUACGUGCUUGUUGAUGGGGUUAGUAGUAUGAAUGCUGAGGAGAGGGGUGUUGCGCUUGCGCGGUUGCGGGAUGCUGGUGCUAUUGUUACUAGUAGUGAGAGUAUUUUGUUUGAGGUUCUUGGGGAUGCUGGGGGCGAGGGGUUUAAGGGGGUGAGUGGGAUUGUUAAGGAGAUGAAGGAGAGUACCAAGGUGGCUUUGGGAGGGUUGGCGAAGAUUUGA